AUGGAUCCUAACACUGACAUGCGAGACGCUACGCAGACUGCAUUCCCGGUCAAGAAGGGCGCGUCGGCCCCGCUCUUGCCUGCUCCUUGCACCACAGCUGUAUACUGCGUUAACUCUCCGUCUGGUCUGCGGCCUUUGCCAAAGCGAUCAGGUUUCAAACGCUUGCUGCGAGCCUUUCUUUCCAUUUCUUUCGCAAUAAUCCUGUUCAGCCACCUCGCGAAGCUAGUGCCACAUGUCGCUCGCAUGUUCCACGAUAGGAGACACAGCCUGGGCCCCGACAUGCCUCCAACAGACGUCCCCUAG